AUUCCAAUAGAUUUAAACUUUAUCGACACGUUACCCCCGUCCGCACGUACCUUAUACGAAUACAUAAGAGGAUGACGUUGCCCUCACAUUGUCGAAACUAAGGCACUUCCAUUGUUCAUCAUAUCUGAGUGUCGCCCCCUGCGGUUCCUACAGUUUGCAUUGGGCAAAGAUGGAUUCUGAUGAAUCCGAUUUCUACGGGGACGAUGAGAUUGUCGCCGACCUAGAGUCUCGCGUUACGUCAUUCGACGUUUCGCAGUGGUGGGAAGAGAGGAACGCGGCUGCGGUCUCGACGUCGAUGAUGGACCGAAAAGUCAAGAAGGAGCCUCUAGACAGUACCAAACUCCACAAUCCAUACGCCGGUGUUCCCUACGCGUGGCAGUUGACGGAGACCGUCGAUGCCUUCCUGGAUCGUCUCCCUCCCGAGACGACGGAGCAUAGCGAGCAGCUCCCGUGGAUUUUCGUCUGCAACCCGUACAUCCGCAGGAAGGAUAGGUUCAAUGCCCAGAACCAGCGGAGCAGAGGCAACGAGGAUGAAGCACCCGAGGAAGAGGGCUCACGACUUGAUACUCUCAUCGAGGGGGGCUCUGAAAGACUAGAGAUCCUACUCAACUACAAGCAAGGACUCGAGAAGACCAACAAGUCCAAGCCGUUACAGGCAAAAUUGCUCAGGCAAGAAUUAGAAGAUACUACUCGAGACAUCAUGGGCCUCGCGCACAUGUGUAAGAUUAAGGCCGGCAAGUGGAUGCUCUUCUGUCAGCCCAAGGAUGUCAACGAAGUCUGGAGCGUCAUAGCGAGGGCCACGGCCAAUAACGAGCUGGGCAUUGCCGCAAAAGUCGCCCCGUGGAAUCCGUAUACGGACCCUACCGGUCGAAAAGACCGAAUCGUAUGCGUCUAUACGGCCGAUUUCAGUGACAUGGCAGAUGUCACCCGGGUCAUGCGUCGGCUGAGAGAGCUCAAGCUCGUUGAGGCCAUGGGACGUCCCAUCUACUACAAGCCAGAUGCCUUCACAUAUCUCGGUAUUGCUCACGGCAACCAUUGGGGCAUGAAAGCCUCGAUUUACAGCUCUAGGGAUAUCUUGUCCUAGACAGCUAUCAGUUCCCCGCGCCCCAAGAGCAGCUUAUGUGUGGUUCACUUGAUUGCGCAGGUGUGUGUAGCAGUAAGCUUGAGAUGGCCAGAGAGACUAGUACUCAGCCCGGCGCAUGCAUACUGUCAAGGGUGAGAAAGGACAGCCAGCUGGACUGGUUCAAAUAGACGAAAGAAAAGAGCAUUCGAUUGUCACCAAGGCUGAGAAGAUGGUCUCCCGUUCAUCUCUGCUCCUCUGAUGUACAUGAGAUUUGAUAUGUACCUCUGCUAAGCCGUACUACAGAGUACUGCCACGAGCUUAUGUCAUGUGUGUGUGUGUGUGUGUUUGUGUGAAUACGGAUUGCGACAUACGCCCUGCCAAAAGAUGCCUCUGUCCCUCUGUACACCGCUUG